AUGACGCUCCCUUUCUCUGGUGUUCGUCGCGUCGGCAGCACAUUAUCUGCUUCAACCGGAACAGGCCCUGCCGGAGUCCUCACCCACAAGGAUCAAAGCGGUAACGUACUGGGAAGUGGGUUUGCAGCCGGUUUCGAACACGGAUUCUGUCUCUGGUCAUACUAUCCUGUUGUAGGCAAGCAGAUCUAUUCACAUCGCGAGGUCAUUAUUGGUCGAGAUAAGAGCCGUUGCCAAUAUGUGCUCAACGAUCCCUACGUCUCGAAACGCCACCUCAGAAUCUACACCGUCGUCUAUGAGGAUGACGAGCCAAGCGAAGUUGAAAAUCUUGUCUAUGCGGAAGACUUGUCACUCAAUGGCACCUAUUGGAACGGCUCCUUUAUUGGGAAGGGAAAUGGGGGCUUUCUGCUUAGCGACGGAGAUACGUUGCGACUGAGCCGUCGAACAUACCUCAUCUUCACAGCUAUGCCCUCCUGUCGCACGCCUGAGACCUUCGAUUACAUACAAGAGACUGAGAUGGCGAAAUUCGGCAAAGACUACACUCUGAGCGACAGACUCCUCGGUUCUGGCGCGUUUGGCAAGGUAUUCAUGGCAAUUGAGCAAAGCACUCGACACCAAGUGGCAUGCAAAGUUGUCGAUCUACGAGUGCUUAUGCCAGGAGCCCAGAUAAAGUUUGGAAGGGCAGAUCAGCCUGUUGCUGCCGAAGAAAUUGACAACCGUACGCAGGUCCGCAAACUCAAGGCUUGGGCUCUACAGCAGAAAAGAAAAGACGCCCUCGAAAGGCAACUGAGCAAGUAUUAUCGUGAGGUUGAUAUCCUGGCAUCGAUUAGCCACCCCAACAUCAUUGGCAUUGAGAAGGUGUACAUCACAGACAAUACCAUGUACAUCAUGCAAGAGAUAGUUACGGCCGGCGAUUUAUUCUCAUACAUCGAGUCGAAGGAUGGCAAGCUACUCGAAGUUGAGGCAGCAGUCAUCAUCCGCCAGAUCUUGAUGGCACUGUCAUUUCUACACAGCAAGAACAUUGUUCACCGCGACAUUAAACCUGACAACGUUCUCAUGACCAGUCUGGCUGCAGGGUGCCGGGUCAUCCUGACAGAUUUUGGUGCAGCCAGGAGAAUCGAGAACAGAUUACAUCGCAUGUCAUCGAUCAUUGGCACCCACGAAUACGCUGCACCUGAGAUCCUCGGUUAUCUGAAGUCAAGCGUUGAACCGGAAAGGCCAGGUUAUACCCGAUCUGUGGAUAUGUGGGCCGUGGGAUGUGUUACAGUCGUCCUCCUGACGGGAGGACUGGCGUUUUGUGACCCCAGUACGAACAAAUACUCCGAAAGGCUUGCCGGGGACUGCAACCUGAACUUUCUACGCGACUCAAAAGAGUGGCAAUCAGUUCGCCAGCGUCCAAAGGAGUUCGUCGAGAGACUUCUGGUGCUGGAAGAAGAAGCAAGAUUGACAGCAGACGGAGCACUCCAGCACCCCUGGUUCUACAAUGAAGUCCACAAGAAUGACUUCGAGGAUCUGUACCAGCGGACAAUCAAACAUUGGUGUCCACGGAUUCCAAGGUCAAAUAUCGUCGAGUUCCAGGAUAGCGGCUCUAUCAGAAACUUAAAGUGCUCCAAGGCCUUUCUCAAACCACCAAGAAGAAGCAUGGGGCAUGCACCAAAACCUGUGGCCCUCGAGAAGCCCGAAUCGGGGGCUCUCAGCGGAAGUUUUGUCGUCGAUAGAGACGUCGUCACCAACAUCUGCAGCCCGUCUGCGUGUGAGAGCCGACUCGAUGUCGCCGAGUCACCAGCCAUCUUCCCUGUCCACAACCGCAACGCCAACCACAACAGGGCCUUGCCGUGGUGCUAG